UCAGUCUGCGAACGCACAUCCAUAUAAACGCACCCUUAUCACAAUGACUGUCGCAGAAAAAAAACCCACGAUAAAAUUAGAGGCGGUGUCGAGAGUAGCCGCCCUGCCCAUCGUCGGUUCCGGGAUCGAAGUUACUGAGAAAAUUUAUCACAAGAUCAAAGACUCCAAUCCUCUAUUCCGAUGGUACCUGAACCUGGGUGAGCGGUCGUUGGCGGUGGGCGCUCAGCUGGCCCUCCCGGCGGUAUUGUUGUUGGAGACACCGAUACACCAACUGGACCGGUUUCUCUGCAAGAGUCUCGACCUGGUCGGGGAACAAGUGCCCAGCAUCUAUCUGCCGCCACAAGACAUGUAUUCAGAAACCCGUCGUUACGUGCUCAAACGCGCCGACUCGGUUAAGCAACUGGGCACUGCAGUGUUGGAUUCACGCGUCACAGCAGUGACUGCCACUGCUCUAGACCGGGCCCUCACCACCGCCGACAAGUACGUCGACAAGUACCUCCCACCGGAUAACCAGGACACAGCUGAAGUGACGAGUGCCGACGCGGUGGACGGCGCGGGCGGCGGGUCGUGCGAGGGGGGGCGCGCGUGCGCAGCGCAGGCGGUGCAGCACGGAGCGCGCCUCGGCAGGAAACUGCAGCGCCGGCUCACCAGGCAGGCGCUCGCUGAAGCCAAGGCUAUCAAGGAGCAGAUACACGUGCUCGUCUACGUUGCUGAAUUGGUCGCAACAGACCCCACGCUCGCUUGGAAGAAAGCAAAGCAGCUGUACGCUUCGCUCAGCCAGCCGGAGCCCGAGAACCAAGCACGUCCCGCCACCGUUGAAGAGCUGCUUGUUCUACUAGCACGCGAGACUGCCAGGAAGAUGGUCCAUCUAAUUAAUUACACGCACACUGAUUUACCUAAGAAUUUACGUCAAGGGCUGAAUAUGAUCACCAGACAUUUAUCGUCUUUAGCGGAUUCUUUGCUUAAGUCUCAGCCCGUAGAAACAGCAAUCGCAGAGGUGAAGACUUGGCGAAACAAGCUCGCCGCUCUACUACAACAACUUAAACAAACCUCACAUACUUAUUUGGAACACCUAGCAAUCUUCCUUGCGGGCAACGAAGAGAGAGAAAAGAUAGCCCCUCGCUCCUCUUAUGAACAACGGGACGACCUCGCUGCGAUCAACGGGGUCAACUAACUGAUAUACUCUUAUUAUAUUAAUGUCUUUCAAAUACGGAACUUCUUAACACUGAUGGACAACUUGCAAGUAAAAUUAACUUUGGAAAUAGACAAAGAGUAGCUACCAAAGAUAUCACGUUCCCAGAGAAGGAGAAUUAAUAAACUAAUGAAUUCUGCCAUUUGGAUAAGUCGAUUUCGUGUUUUUUGUUAUAUACAAAAACUCAUUAUUGGCUAAAAUUAUAACAGUUUUCUUUUAAAUAAAACAUUUAAUCGCGUUUUUCCCGAAGAUCACCUAGAGUACUUAAAAAAGUGUAAAACGUACCACUAUAUUUCGACUUUUGCAAUAGGUUUUCUCCUUGAUGUUAGCUACAUAAAUGUUACUAAUAUAAAUUAAUAAAGUCUGUCAGUGUUUCCCAAAAUAUAUGCCAUCUUAAGACCAUAAAAACAUAUACAUUGGAGUUAAGAAUGCGUACGUAAUUUCUUGAUCAUAUGCGGGUUGUCGUUGUCAUUUAACCCGUAUGCAUGCAAAAUCGAGUUUGAACCGGUUAUAAGCUUCAAAUGUGAAAUAGAAAGUAGGUACUGUGUAAUUCCUAAGUUUAUAAAUCGGCAUUUUAUAUAUUAGGGAUAAUAAAAAAAUAGUUUUAAACAUGAUUUAUUGUUAUUUAUGCUAGUUAGUAUUUUAUUUAUUAAAAUUAAGUUAAAUCUUCAAUACCAUAGCACGAAGAUCAUUAAUUUCAUCACCAUAUAAAUAAGUUUUUAUUGAAAAUAAUAAUAAACAUGGUAAUCUAGUUUGUAAGUCAUAUUGUUUCAUUUUUUUUUUUAAUAAAUAAUCGAGCGCGAGCCUAAUUAAGUGCUUAUUUUAAUUGAACUAUUGUUGUUUUUAUGAAUUUAUAUUUAAGUUGUUAAUAAUGUAAUUUCAUUGUAAGCAUAAAUUUUGUCAAUUUGAAUGUAGGUUACCGUUUUAAAGCUAAUAAAAUUGUAUACCUGAUACCUUUAUGUAAUAAGUUUGAAUAAAAUAAUAUUUAUUUUAAAACUAUUUUAGUUUAAUUUACAGUCAACCCGCGGUAAUCCGUCUCAAAAUGGCCUAAAAUUGCCCUAGAGUCGUAUUCUGUUUGAAUUUUAAUGAAAUCAUAAGAUAAUGAAACAUCUUUUAAACGGUUUUAUCGCGUUUGUAUUUUUUUUACAUAAGACUGAAAAUAUAAGAAAACAAAAUCAUAAGACUAUAAUAAAAAAUAUUUACAGUUUUAACAUAAAAUACAGUCUAAAGCUUCCUAUCUAGUUUAAGAAUGCGAUUGAUAAUAACAAUUAACUUACUACAAACUCAGAUUUAGAAGCUACAAUGAGGAAGUAUUUAAAAAUAAAAAGAAAGCACCAAAAAAAAGCAGAUGAUAAUAGGAGAUGGCGACUCUAGCAAAAGUUGAUUUUUGCAGGAAACGAAUGGACCAAAGAUAGUAUUUAAAAGUGAUAAGUGUAAGUUUUCCUCUAACCCGUUCACUAGUGAGCGCGUUAAGAAUUUGUAUGGAGAUUUGUAUUUAUUGGUAGCUACCGCUAGGGGCGCUGUACCGGAUUCCAUACUAAAAUCUUAACGCGCUCACGAUCGAUAGUGAACGUAAACGUCAAAAAACUUUACACUGAGCGCUCCGUUCUUUUUAGUUAACAUAUAAAAAAAAACUGAAAUUUGCAAAGUACGAAACGAAGAUAUCAAUACAAAUACGAAAAAGUACAAAUAUAAUAUGAGUUGUUU